GCAGCAAUAACAAACAAAUCAACAAUAACAACAACAACAAUCAUGCAGUUCUCUGGAAAGCUCACCGCCGCGGCCCUCGUGCUGCUGUUCGCCGGCUCCUCGGUCGCGACGCCCGUCCCCGGCGCCGGUGAGAGCAGCAUGCGCGGCGGCGGCGGCGGCGGCAACAAGUACGGGGCGCAGCAGGGCUCCAACAAGUACGGCCAACAGGGCGGCAGCGGCGCCUUUGGCGGCGUUGACUCGUCGGCGUCCAGCACGUCUUGGAAGUACAUGGGCUCAAAGUACAACAGCGCCCCAGGAGGCGGCGCCUCCUCCUCCUCCUACGGCAACAGCAACAAGGGGAAGCAGCCGAGCUUUGAGCAGAUGAAGAAGGACUGGGAUGCGGGGUUGGACCGCAACUUUGGCCCCGGCAAGCACGACGGAAACAGCGCGAUGCCAAAAGGUGCAACCGGGAACCCUCUGAGCCAGGGCAGCAAGCAAGUCCAGUAGUCAAACUCAGAAGGGAAAGAGGGCAUAACGAGAGGCAAUACUCGGAAUUCCAGGAUAACGAGAGCUUGGCUAGGAUAUACACGGGCUAUGGAGACAGGGCCUAUAGGAGAGGGGCUAAGGAACAGCCUGCGACUUUGCCUGCCGCCUAGACAGGGGGGAAGCGGUUGAAUAGUGGCGGGAUUAUAGACGGAAAGGCUCAGCGCCUCUGAAUUCCCUAGGACCAACUCAAUACAUUCUUUUUGAUGGGG